CGGCACGAGUGAACUCAUCGGACGCGCGACUCAGUUGGGGCUCUGACACACUCGGUGACUCACUCACUCACUCACUCACCAUUGGACACAAAACUACAAAUCGAAGCAACUACGCAAACUCCGUCUUUUCCUGCAAAGCACAGAUCUCAUCUCAGAGAUUCUCUACGCUACUCACACUCUGCAAGAGAUGGCAAAAACAACAACAACACCAUCGUCUUCAAGCGACGAAUCAUCGAAGCAGCUGAAGCGUAAGAAGAAGCAGGGUUUGGGUUGGAUAGAAUGGUUCAGAGGAUGGUUCGAAUUGGUCUACGAAAUGCUGUUCCAGCGAAUCAUGGCGAGUCACUUGCACAACCCCAUGCCUCUUCCACCUCUCACUGACCUCACCUGCAUUGUCACUGGUUCCACCAGUGGCAUUGGACUCGAAAUCGCCAGGCAAUUGGCACAAUCAGGAGCCCAUGUUGUUAUGGCAGUGAGGAACUUAAAGGCGGCUCAGGAGUUGAUCCAGAAAUGGCAGAUGGACUCUGCAGGAUUGGGUGUUGCACUCAAUGUUGAGGCGAUGGCGGUUGAUCUUCUAUCAUUGGAUUCUGUCGCGAGGUUUGCUGAAGCAUGGAAUGCACGCUGUGCACCCUUGCAUGUUCUCAUUAAUAAUGCUGGAAUUUUUUCCAUUGGAGAGCCACAGAAGUUUUCAAAAGAUGGUUAUGAAGAACACUUGCAAGUGAAUCAUCUUGCUCCUGCUUUGCUUUCAGUACUUCUUUUGCCAUCCCUUAUUAGGGGUUCUCCUAGUCGAAUCGUUAAUCUGAACUCCAUUAUGCAUCAUAUUGGCUUUGUUGACGCUGAUGACAUGAAUAUGACAUCUGGAAAAAGGAGAUAUUCUAGUAUGAUGGGGUACUCAAACAGCAAGUUGGCGCAGAUUAUGUUUAGUAGCAUUCUUCAUAAGAGACUCCCUGCUGAAGCUGGCGUCAGUGUAUUGUGUGUAUCACCUGGAAUCGUCCAAACAAAUGUUGCAAGGGAUCUUCCAAAAAUUGUUCAGACUGGGUAUCGUUUGAUACCUUACUUCAUCUUUAAUGCUCAAGAAGGUUCUAGGAGUGCUCUCUUUGCUGCCACUGAUCCUCAAGUUUCAGAAUAUUGUGAAUUGUUGAAAGCAGAUGAGUGGCCUGUUUGUGGCUUUAUUUCUCAAGAUUGUCGUCCGGCAAAUCCAUCAGAAGAAGCUCAUAACACUGAAACAUCAUAUGAAGUAUGGGAGAAGACAUUAGAGAUGAUUGGCCUUCCUUCAGAUGUCGUAGAGAAGCUUUUAGAGGGAGAAGAAGUUAAGUCUCGUUAUGGACAAGAACAGUAGACUAAUCUAUAGUGUUGACAGCAACAAAAAUAUCCCAACAUGCUCCCCCUUAAUGAUAAUGUGCAGGGGCACUUCAUUAUCUAUAGUGAGUAAUGGACAUUUCAUUUUGAAUCUGUGGGAGAAGCCUCUGAUAUUUCUUCUUCUACAAAGUUCAUAUAUGCUUUUGUAGGAUACAAGUUUCCGAAGCCAAAAAGUUCGUGCAUUGAUUUUGAUCAUGCUUAUGUACUCAACUGCCACUUAUUCCAAAUGGGGUAGAAUCUAGCCAUAAACAGGAGUCCUGACCUUAGAAAUUCUAAGUUUUGCUGCCAUUGUGAUGGUGAUUUAUAGGAGCAAGAACUAAAUUAGCACUGUAUUCUAUACUUCUUUUGAUCCAUAUAAUAGGUGACUGUGACAGUCAUAAAUAAGUAAAUGGGUUCUAUCAUACAAGUGUUGCUCUCAAUUUGAGUAUGUGAUAUCAUGUAAUUCAUUACUUUGUUUGGGUGGUUCCUGUGGAUUUAGAUUUGAUGCAGUCAGAAAUUUGUGCAGUCAUAGGGUAAUUAAAUCAUAGCUGUUGCAUGAAAAUCAGACAGCUUAGAUUCAAAGUUCAUGUUUUAAUUCCAAUUUGUUGCGAUGAAAUUUAUACCAUAAGUUUAUGUA